AUGCUACAUUUCAGAAAUUCUGGGUAUAAGGCUGUGACAGAUGUGACUGCCAGCAAGGCUGUUAAUUUAUUCAAUCAUUAUGGGAUUGAUGAAGAAGGGCCUGUACCUGACAUGCAGAGUGACUAUGCAGUUUCAGUACCUGACACAAUUACUACUCUGACACAUAACCAAGAAUUGUCACUGCAAGAAGCUGGAGAUGCAGCCUUCCAAACUGGUGAUCAUGAUGGAAUCAUAGCCUACCAAGUGGGACAGAUUUUCCAAAUCAAUAUGGCUGAAAGCGAGAGCAAAGCCAAACUAACUGUUAAACUAACUCAGGAAGAUAUUCCUGGGGCAAAACUUCCAAGGGAUUCUGUUGAAAAAUGUAGCGUUGUCCAGUUGAAGAGGUGGCUGCUUUGCAGAGGUGCAAAAACGACGGGAACAAAGAGAGCUUUAGUGUCGAGAGUACACGACUACAUCAAGCAUGGAUUUGAUGUUAAAUACUUGCGUGAUCCGGAUGGCGGCGUCAAUUUGUUACGGAAAAAAGCUCAACUUGGCGUACUUGAGAAUCAAGAGCCUGAAGUAAAGGAUUCAUUCCCAAAAGAAGGAUUCCAACCAGAUAUAAAGGCACUACCAAAAAUAUCAUUUGGAACUGUGUGGAGAUUUAUGAUCGAAGGUGUAGAAUGUAAAAAGCAGCUCUCCACUGCUAAGCCACUUGUUAAAGGAUUCAACUUUUUUAAAUCUGGUCAUGUCCUGUACAUAGGCCACCUACAACAAAAUGGCAAGCACUACAUCAAAAGCCAAGUCCUCCCAUCUAUGAAAAAGGACAAAGUUUAUACAUGCUACUUAGUUAUUAGUUCACUUGGAAAGAUGCUAAGAGCCCACUGCAAAUGCCCUGCUGGCAUAGAUGGGAGAUGUAACCAUGUUGCAUCAACACUUUUUGCUUUAGAAAACUAUUGUAAAGUAAGGGGAAAACUGGAUGAGUCUGAUGAGUCAUGCACCUCCAAACCAUGCAAGUGGAAUGUGCCACGAAAGAGAAAAGGUGCAAUACAGCCCAUAAAUGAGAUGACUUUUGUGAAGCACGACUACACGAAAGAGAAGAAGAUACGUAAGCUUCAUCACUCUCCAGUAAAUGCAAACCAAAAUGCUUGUCGCGAUGAAAACAAGUCAAGGUUUUUUGAAAUGAUGAAGGAGUACCAGAGGGUAUCAGGAAACACUGUAGCUUGGACACAUAUACUGCCUCAGGAAGUAAAGAAACUUCAGGAUGUAAAGGAUUCUCUGCUUUCACCAGUCAAAUGUCAUCCCGUGUCAGCAAAAGAGCUAAAAGAAAAGUUUGAAAAAGCAAAGAGAAAUCUUAUGGUUGAUGAUUUACAAAGGCAAGAUAUUGAGGAACAAACUAGAGGUCAAUCAAACACUGAAUUAUGGCAUCGCCACAGACAACCAAGGAUUACUGCCACAAAAUGUUACCGUGUAGCUGUACAGAGAGAAAGUACGUCCCCUACUAAGAUAAUUAAAGAUAUACUUGGUUACAACAAGGCCUAUCAAAGUAAGUCAAUGGAGGAAGGACUGAAAAUGGAAGACCAGAUUAUCAAUGAUUACAAGCUUCUCAAGCAAAGUCAAGGAGAUGAAGGCAUAACAGUCUCAAAAUGUGGGUUUUUUGUUUCAAAAGAACAUGGUUACCUUGGUGCUAGCCCCGAUGGCCUUGUACAUGAUCCAUCAGCCUCUGAUUCAGAGGGACUUAUAGAAGUUAAGUAUGUCCAGACAUCAAAGGAUGAAACACUAGAAAAGGCAUUGUUACGCAAGAGCAUUUGCAAAAAGAACAGUAAUGCAUUGAGAUUAAAUGACAAACACAAAUACUUCUACCAAGUCCAUCAGCAAAUGUUUGUUACUGGAAGAAAGUGGACAGAUUUUGUUGUAAAGGGUUCAGGCUGUGAUUCACUGUUUUGUGAAAGAGUACAUUUUUCAAUAGACCGCUGGAAGUCUAUUUUGCCCAAGCUAGAAUCCUUUUUUAAUGACUGGAUUGUUCCAGAACUUGUGUAUCCUAGAGUCAAGUAUGGAAUUCCUAAAUUGAAUGCUCGUUCAGUUUAAAACAGUCAAAAUCAAUGUGUUCAUUUCAGUAAAAGUGUGUAAUUUAAGAAAACUAUACAAUGAAAUAGGCAAAUCAAAAUUUAAUGGGAAUUAGUGGUUUGCCCAAAUUAUGUUGCACACUUUUUAGUACUAUCAGAGUGUAAACAAUAUAUUUGUGAAGGUAGAAUGGUUUUCAAAAGCCUGUGAAACACGUACUAAGUUUUGUACAUGUUUAGUGCUUUUCUGCUUAAAUGCUUUUGUUUCUAUUGUUUAAU